GGGCGCGCGGGGACAAUGGCGGCGGCGGCGCUGGCGGCGGGCGGAGGCCCCGGGAGCGGCCCCGCGGCGGCUCCGGCGGGCGGGCCCGGCCCCGCGCUGGCCGCGGCGCGCCGCAAGGACGGCGGCCCCGCCGGCAAGUUCUGGGAGAGCCCCGACACCGUGUCCCAGCUCGACUCGGUCCGCGUGUGGCUGGGGAAGCACUACAAGAAGUACGUUCAGGCAGAUGCUCCUACCAAUAAAACCUUGGCUGGGCUGGUGGUGCAGCUGCUGCAGUUCCAGGAAGAUGCCUUUGGAAAACACGUCACCAAUCCUGCCUUCACAAAGCUUCCUGCAAAGUGCUUCAUGGAUUUCAAAGCUGGAGGUACAUUAUGUCACAUUCUUGGUGCUGCUUACAAAUAUAAGAAUGAACAGGGCUGGAGGAGGUUUGACCUGCAGAAUCCGUCCCGGAUGGACCGGAACGUGGAGAUGUUCAUGAACAUUGAGAAAACGCUGGUGCAGAACAACUGUCUGAGCAGACCGACCAUCUACCUCAUUCCUGACAUGGAGCUGAAGCUGGCCAACAAGCUGAAGGACAUUGUCAAACGUCACCAGGGAACCGUCACUGAAGAGAAAUCCAAGGCCACCCACCAUGUGUAUCCCAGUCCUACCUCAGUGGAUGAUGAUGAGUGGUUGAGACCUGUGAUGAAAAAGGACAAGCAGGUGCUGGUACAUUGGGGCUUUUUCCCAGACAGCUACGACACCUGGGUCCACGCCAGCGACAUCGAUGCCGAGAUCGAGGAUCCCCCCAUCCCCGAGAAGCCCUGGAAGGUUCACGCCAAGUGGAUUUUGGACACUGAUGUGUUCAACGAGUGGAUGAAUGAGGAGGAUUACGAGGUGGAUGAGAACAGGAAAUCCGUGAGUUUUCGCCAGAGGAUCUCCAUGAAGAACGAAGAGCCCGUGCGGAGCCCCGAGAGGAGGGACAGGAAAGCAGCAGCCAGCACAAGGAAAAGGAAACAUUCCCCUUCUCCGCCCCCCACUCCUGUGGAGUCCAGGAAAAAGACAGGGAAGAAAGGACAAGCAGCUCUCUAUGGGAAAAGGAGGGGGCAGAAGGAAGAGGACGAGCAGGAGGAUCUCACCAAGGACAUGGAGGAUCCCACCCCAGUACCCAACAUAGAGGAAGUGGUACUUCCCAAAAAUGUGAACCCAAAGAAGGACAGUGAGAACACGCCCGUGAAAGGAGGAACCGUGGCAGACCUGGAUGAGCAGGAUGAGGAGACAGUGGCGACUGGAGGAAAGGAGGACGAGGACCCCAACAAGGGUGACCAGAGCCGCUCCAUGGACCCGGGGGAGGACAAUGUCACCGAGCAGACCAACCACAUCAUCAUCCCCAGCUACGCCUCCUGGUUCGACUACAACUGCAUCCACGUGAUUGAACGUCGCGCGCUUCCGGAAUUCUUCAACGGCAAAAACAAGUCCAAGACUCCAGAAAUAUACCUGGCCUACAGGAACUUCAUGAUCGACACGUACCGGCUGAACCCGCAGGAGUACCUGACCAGCACGGCCUGCAGGAGGAACCUCACCGGGGACGUCUGCGCCGUCAUGAGGGUCCACGCCUUCCUGGAGCAGUGGGGGCUCAUCAACUACCAGGUGGAUCCCGAGAGCCGCCCCAUGGCCAUGGGGCCCCCCCCGACGCCCCACUUCAACGUGCUGGCUGACACCCCCUCGGGGCUGAUGCCGCUGCACAUCCGCACCCCGCAGGUUCCAGCUGCCCAGCAGAUGCUGAGCUUCCCUGAGAAAAACAAGGAGAAGCCAACCGACCUGCAGAACUUUGGCCUUCGCACAGACAUCUACUCCAAAAAGACUUUGGCCAAGAGUAAAGGUGCAAGUGCUGGCAGAGAAUGGACAGAGCAGGAGACGCUGCUGCUGUUAGAGGCCCUGGAGAUGUACAAGGACGACUGGAACAAGGUGUCGGAGCACGUGGGCAGCCGCACGCAGGACGAGUGCAUCCUGCACUUCCUGCGCCUGCCCAUCGAGGACCCGUACCUGGAGAACUCGGACGCCUCGCUGGGGCCGCUGGCGUACCAGCCCGUGCCCUUCAGCCAGUCGGGCAACCCCGUGAUGAGCACCGUGGCCUUCCUGGCCUCCGUGGUGGAUCCGCGCGUGGCCUCGGCCGCCGCCAAGGCCGCGCUGGAGGAGUUCUCCCGGGUCAGAGAGGAGGUGCCCCUGGAGCUGGUGGAAGCCCACGUGAAGAAAGUGCAGGAAGCAGCUCGAGCCUCAGGGAAGGUGGAUCCGACCUACGGCCUGGAGAGCAGCUGCAUCGCCGGCACCGGCCCCGAGGAGCCCGAGAAGAUGGAUGGAGCCGAGGAGGAGAAGAUGGAAACGGAGGCAGAGGGGCAGCCAGCAGAGAAGGUGGAGAGCAAGGCCGAGAGUGAAACUGAGGAAGGAGAGAAGGUCCCGGAAGGGGAGACGGAGCGGAGCGCCGAGAAGGAGCCGGAGAGCGAAGGGGCUGCAGAGCCCAAGACAGAGGAAAAGGAGGCAGAGGAGAACAAGGAGAACGUUGAUGGCAGCAAAGACAAAGAGGCCGAGGCUGGGAAGAAGAAAGUGGAGCACGAGAUCUCGGAGGGAAACGUGGCCACGGCUGCAGCUGCUGCCUUGGCCUCUGCUGCCACCAAAGCCAAGCACCUGGCGGCUGUGGAGGAGAGGAAGAUCAAGUCCCUGGUGGCCCUUCUGGUGGAGACUCAGAUGAAGAAGCUGGAGAUAAAACUUCGCCACUUUGAGGAGCUGGAAACCAUCAUGGACCGGGAGAAAGAGGCACUGGAGCAGCAGAGGCAGCAGCUGCUGACCGAGAGGCAGAACUUCCACAUGGAGCAGCUGAAGUACGCCGAGUUGCGGGCUCGCCAGCAAAUGGAGCAGCAGCACAGCCAGAACCCCCAGCAGCCCCACCAGCACCCCAGCGGGCCUGGCAUCACCCCCCCUGGGGACGCCGGCCACCCGGGGCUGCUGCCCCACCAGCAGCCCCCGCCCUACCCCAUGAUGCACCACCAGAUGCCACCUCCUCACCCACCCCAGCCAGGUCAGAUGCCAGGCCCUGGCUCCAUGAUGCCCGGGCAGCCCCUGCCAGGCCGGAUGAUGCCCGGCAGCAUCCACCCGGGGAGCGGGGCGGCCCCGCCCGGCAUGGCCCCCAUGUCCGGGAACAUCAUCGGGCCCCGCGUGCCGCUGGCAGCUCCCAACGGAAUGUAUCCCGGCCCCGCGCAGCCGCCCGCCGAAGGAGUGACCCCGCCGCCGGCCGGAGCCCCGCCGGCCUCAGCCGCUCCCUAAGCGGCCAAGGAAGGAGGAGGAGCUUCCACAGCAGCGUAGCGGUGACCAAAAGAGAAUUCCUCAGUUCCCUGCUGCUCCCCGGGGAGGUGUCCCGUCCCCUCCAGCCUCUGGACCCGGCAGGGCUCGGCGUUCCCUCGGGAGAGCCGCA